AAACUGUCCAAAAGUGAUGUAUAUGGAAUCUGGGUCAGCUGUAGCUGGUUAGUGCACUUCUGCAUAUGAGAGUAAAACACAGUUUCAAAAAACGUUUCUUUCUCUUUUCUGGAAUAAUACAUACUGGAACAUUACUUUUUCCUUUUUCUUGUUUUUUUUUUAAAAUGAUUAGUUAGCUUGGUUAUCAUAUGGAGAAACCCAAUUCCUCAAUGCAGCUUGGAUCUAGCAGAGAAAGACAAAAGCAGUUUUCAACUCCAACUGCAGAUUAACAAUCCACAGCAUCGGGUAAUACAGGAAGAAAAAGCAACUUGGUCUCUGGAUUUUCCAUCUACCACAGAAGCAGAACAGCUGGAAGAUUUUUUUUUCGUGUGUCUUCUGACAAGUCAUCAUACUCGCAUCAAAAUGAAGAUAUUUAAAUGGACUUUGGGUGUACUAUUGUUCCUCCUGUUGUCUAUCGGGCGCUGUACAGAACAAUCUACACCUGAUAAAACAUCCCAACGGAGGCACCCUCGUUCAGCAGAUGGUGGAGAGGAAGGGAAGAAAUGUGGUUACACGUUCUUGGUCCCAGAACAAAAAAUUACAGGGCCAAUUUGCGUGAAUACUAAUGGACCAGGAACUGGUAACAGAAAAGACGAAGUCACAAGAAUGGACAUAGAGAACUUGAAGGAUGUCCUAUCCAAGCAAAAGCGGGAGAUUGACAUUUUGCAAUUGGUAGUGGACGUGGACGGAAACAUUGUGAAUGAAGUAAAAUUACUGAGGAAAGAAAGCCGUAACAUGAACUCUAGGGUGACCCAACUUUAUAUGCAACUCUUGCAUGAGAUAAUUCGAAAGCGUGAUAACUCUCUUGAGCUUUCCCAACUGGAAAACAAAGUCCUUAAUGUUACAACAGAAAUGUUGAAGAUGGCCACAAAAUACAAGGAGCUUGAAGUAAAAUACGCAGCACUAACUGAUCUUGUAAAUAAUCAGUCUGUGACUAUCUCACUGCUGGAAGAGCAGUGCUUGAGAAUCUUCUCACGACAGGACACCCAUGGGUCUCCACCUCUUGUUCAAGUGGUGCCACAGCACAUUCCUAACAGCCAGGCAUACACCCCUGUUCUUCUGGGAGGUAACGAGAUACAGCGAGAUCCAGGUUACCCUAGAGACAGAGAUGUAAGGCCACCACCCGAUCCAGCUACUUCUCCUACAAAGAGUCCUUUCAGAGUACCACCACUGGCUUUAAUUAAUGAGGGGCCAUUCAAAGACUGCCAACAAGCCAAGGAAGCUGGGCAUUCCAACAGUGGGAUUUAUAUGAUCAAACCUGAAAAUAGUAAUGAGCCAAUGCAACUAUGGUGUGAGAACAGCCUGGACCCUGGAGGAUGGGCAGUUAUUCAGAAGAGGACAGAUGGAUCUGUCAACUUUUUCAGGAACUGGGACAGUUACAAGAAAGGCUUUGGCAACAUUGAUGGAGAGUACUGGCUGGGACUAGAAAAUAUUUACAUGCUUACUAAUCAGGAUAAUUACAGACUAUUGAUUGAGUUAGAGGACUGGAGCAAUAAGAAAGUCUAUGCAGAAUACAGCAGUUUCCGCCUGGAGCCCGAAAGCGAAUUCUACAGGCUACGCUUAGGAACGUACCAAGGAAACGCAGGCGAUUCCAUGAUAUGGCACAAUGGAAAGCAAUUCACAACACUGGACAGAGACAGGGAUAUGUAUUCAGGAAACUGUGCUCACUUCCACAAAGGCGGCUGGUGGUACAAUGCAUGUGCCCACUCUAACCUCAACGGGGUGUGGUACAGAGGAGGCCACUACAGGAGCAAGUAUCAGGAUGGAAUAUUUUGGGCUGAGUACCGGGGAGGUUCCUACUCCUUGAAAGCAGUUCAAAUGAUGAUCAGGCCUAUAGACUGAGGAGGAAAAUCCCACAGCGCUCAAGUGAUCACGUAUAAACUUCUCAACACUUGAGUUCCAGAAAAAUAAAGUAUUACUUUUUAAUCAUUAUUUUGCACAAUCUAAAAGCAGGUCUACAGUUCUCCUGUCUUUCCCCCCUCCCUGUUGUGUUCCCUGCUCCUUAUUUUAAAAACCUUUUCUACUGUGACAGACGGUGUUUUUUUAAACACACAUUCACAAAAGCAGAUGUUUGUGCUUGCAAAGCAUAUUUAUCUUUGUUCAAGUCCAACAUACUUUAUGUAAACAGUGAUUAAAGAUGGUAAAAAAUUCCAGAUAUAUGACAAGAUACAAGCUUUUUCACUUAAAAAGCUUAUUCUUUUUCAGGUUAGCUCAAUCCUUAAAUGUAAAUAUGUGAAAUGACAUUGUCUUGCUCUAAUGUGAAAAUGGUUUAGCUAUUUAACAAUUUAUUUAAAACUGUUGGUAUUACUUUCAAUGAAAAUCUGGAUUCACAUUACUGUUUAAGAUGUACUCCAAGAAGCUACACAAAAAACUCAAGAUACUCUAGCUUUGCCAAAACAGAAAGAUUUUUUGCAACAAAUAAUUAUUUCAAAAUGAUAAGUGAUGAAUUAAACAAAAUAUAACAUUUCUUAGUGGUGUAGAGAAUUCCUUAAGAUCUGCAUAUCAUACUUUCUGUAAAACAUUAGGCAAAAUGUUCCUAAUGUAAAAAAAGAAAAAUAAUUGUAUGAAAUUAUUGAUAAACUGCAGGCAACCAAAUUUUGCUCAGUACUUUUUUUACUUUCAACCCCCCAUAUUCAAACAUCGUAACUACACACAAAUAUUUCUUGAUACUUUGAACUUAAAUGGCAAAACAAAAAGCCCCGAUAUUAAAAUCAUGACUUGACUCCCCAUUAGACAUGAUGAGGUCUGAACAAGUGUUCACACAUAAUAAUUUAGAGAAGGAUCUAGUCUCUGAAUAUAGAGAUUUUCCCCCAACACAGCUUUCUGCUGACACAGUAAAACAAAGGUUAGAAAUCAGUUUCUGAGUGUAUUCUCCCUGCCACCCCAAACUUGGACCGCUCUUAUGACAUACACAUUUCACUUCCCCUACACAUAUACAACUUUUGACACGGUCUAUAUUAAAUUUUCUACUUUCUAGAUAUCACGUUUCCACUGGAAUUAGUACUCAAUAAAUUAAUCAGAAAAUACUUUUCCAACCUUUAACAACAGCUGUAGAAUAUCCUGGAUAAAACCAAGAUAUUUGCAAAAAUCAGAAGAAAAAAAAUGCUCACUUUAGAUACCAGAGUCUCCAAAACUAAAGCUCUCUUCCUAGUAAAGAAAACUAUUUAAUAAUUGUACUUAGCCACACAGCUAACAAUUUCUUAUUACACAAAAAAUAAAUACACUGUUCUGAAUUGUAACAAAUGUAUUUGUUUGGCACCUCAUAUGUGCAGUCAGGUUUUUAAGGAACUUUGUCCCUAUACAACAUAAGAAACCCAAAUAGCUAAAAGAAUAAUCUAAUAUUGUUAUGUUAAAUUAGUCGAUAUCAAUUGCUAUGCAAAACGUCAUUUGUAAUUCAGAGGACAGAAAACAGCAUUCUGCUUUCAGAACACAUCCUCUGGUAUAGAUAAAGCUUCAUUGAUAAUAUACGACUGCAAGGGUUGUAGUUAAAUCUUCGGUCAGAGAUCAAAGCCAACAAGUUUCAACAAUACUUGCUGGUGGGUGGGGAAUCAGUUCCAGCAUAUUCCAUUCCCAAAUUCCAACAAUUUUAACUGACAAAUAUAUAAGAUUACAAUUCUGAAAUUGUUCUUCAUAAAGAGAAUAUCUGUUUAUUACAAAUAUUAUACAGACCUCAUUGAUUGAGUGUUCCACAAAAUGCUUUUUGAUUGCAAACAUUUAAAAUUCAGACUAUCUGAAAUCUAUCUUUUUUCUAUGGUAGCUGGAUAGAAGAGCGGUUUGGGUAAGUUUAAAAGUUGCAAAUGUCCUCCAAAACAAUUUAAUGAACACUUUGACACGUUUAGUUCAUUCAACCGACAGAUUUCCUCUCCUUGGGACAGAUCUUAUUUUACCACAAGAAUCUCUUGCCUGCUACAAAAACAGUAUUUGUUUAUUCAGUGCAGUCAGUGAAAGCUGUACUUUGCAGAAACCCCUAAGUUAGCUUGCGCUCAGCUUUUAUAUCACAUCUUACAGGUCGGACAUCUAAAAAGUGAUUCUUCCCCAAUUUAAAGCUGCAGGACAGCCUUAACUAAACAUUAUGACAAAAUACACUGAGAAAGCUCAGAUUGCACAAAUGCUGUGCACUGAAAGGAAAGACUUAAUUUUAAAUUGCUCAUUUAAGAUUAUAAGGAGGGAAAGCAUAUACUGUCUCUUUUUCAGGUUGGUUCAUACUCCGUACAAUAAUUUAUUACUUUCAAAUGCUUGUAACUCUAUCAGUUCUUAGGUUUUGGGUUGAAUUUUUUAAGCAGGGUAAACGUCUUAAGAAGCUUAAAUGUUUUCUCUCACACUUUUUUAAGAAAAGUCUUUCAAAAGAGGCUGUAGCAUCCCUCAAGCUUAUUGCACUGGACAUUCAGAAGCAGUUUGUCUGUGAAGGAUAUAGCUUUCACCAUUCCCGUACUAUCAGUCCAGAUUUCACCAAGCACAACUUUAGAGUUUAACCUGUGCUAAACCUGAAACACGGUUUUCACACGUAUUUCCAGUCUAUGGCAAGCAUUAUCAGUAAAGUAGCUGAAUAUUCAUCAGAUGAAUACUUCAAUACCCUGUUUUCAGCUUUUCUGUUUCUGGAUAUGAUUCCUGAAAGACAGCUAUAUGAAAAUAUUUCACAAGGUAGUACUGCUUAGUUAAAUAAAAAUCUUACUUCUCAA